AUGCAGCUCAAGACACUGGCUGUGGCGCUCGCCCUCGCUGGCGACGCUCUCGCCGUCCCCGUCGAGGACAGCCCUCGCCAGUAUCUCCUCGCCGGCCUCGAACUGCCACCAAAGUACUCCCGUCCCAAGGGCAAGGUCGCCGCCGGCUCCGCCCCGGGCCCCAAUGGCCCUUACAAGCCCGGCUACAGCGAUCCCCUCGACAAGUACAUUGAUGCCGAGGGCGAUGAGCUGGAUCCUCUCCCCUACCGUGGCAAGCUGGGUGCCUCUGUCCUUGGGCCCUGGAACCGCGAGCGCUCGCGCCAGAGCCCGGAUCUCGUCCGUCCCCCAAGCACGGAUCACGGCAACAUGAAGAACCUGCGCUGGAGUUUCGCCGACUCGCACGUCAGAAUCGAGGAGGGCGGCUGGACCCGCCAGACCACGGUGCGCGAGCUUGGCUCCAGCGUCGAGCUCGCCAGCGUCAACAUGCGCCUCGACAAGGGCGUGAUCCGCGAGCUGCACUGGCACAAGGAGGCAGAGUGGGCCUACGUCCUCGAUGGCGAGGUCCGCAUCACUGCCAUUGACUACGAAGGAGGUGCCUUUUUCGACGACCUCAAGAAAGGCGAUCUUUGGUAUUUCCCGAGUGGUGUGCCCCAUUCCCUGCAAGGACUUGGCGAGAACGGCACGGAAUUUUUGCUUGUGUUUGACGACGGCAAUUUCUCUGAAGAGUCUACCUUUAUUCUGUCUGACUGGCUUGCCCACACGCCCAAGUCUGUCAUCUCCAAGAACUUCGAUCUGCCGCCAGAGGUCUUUGCGCAUCUCCCCAAGAGCGAGAAGUACAUCUUCCAAGGCACAAACCCCGGCUCGCUCAAAGAUGAGAAGCCUACAGGCAAGAACAUCAAGACCUCAAAGUACAACUUUGCGCACAGGCUGCUGGACCAGGAACCCCACGUCACCAGCGGCGGUCAGGUCCGCAUUGCCGACUCGAAGAACUUCCCGCUGUCCAAGACGAUCGCCGCCGCCCAUGUGACGAUCGAGCCUGGUGCUCUCCGGGAGAUGCACUGGCACCCCAACGCGGACGAGUGGUCGUUCUUUAUCGGCGGACGUGCUCGCGUGACUGUCUUUGGCUCGGAAGGUACCGCCCGCACUUUCGACUACCAGGCUGGCGACGUCGGUAUUGUUCCCCGUAACAUGGGCCACUUUGUCGAGAACAUUGGCGACGAACCCGUUGAGAUGCUUGAGGUUUUCAAGGCCGACGAGUUCCGUGACUUCUCGCUGUUCCAGUGGAUGGGCGAGACACCCAAGAAGAUGGUGAUUGACCACUUGUUUGCCGACGACCCGAAGAACGGCGAGAUUUUCUGGGACAAGAUCAACAACCCCAAGAAGGACGAGGUCACACUACCCAAGCAUGUCAAGUUCGCGCAGCAGGGUCAGGCCGUGAAUGAGCUGUAAUUUAGGUCCGCGCCAGAUCGGGGUUCGCGGACAAGUCGCUUAAUCCUGGCGACUCCAGAUUGUGAAGAUCUAUCUGCCACAUUCUGUACAAAUCUCGCAGCUGAAUUUUAGAUAUACACGAUACCGAGUCACCAGGCCUAGGCUGUUGACUACGCUGAAAGGCGUUCAAUUACUAUUUUUUCUGGAUAUACAAUAACAGCGCGACGAACGCAUGAGCAUAACCUUGGCAGAGUCCC